AUGAAAGGAAUCACCGGAACACUGUAUGGCAUACGUUAUUGGUUGGCCCUCCCGUCCGGUUUCUUUUUUGGAAUCAUAUUUGGGAUGCAUUUGGCUCGCCAGUACGAGGGAUCGAUUCCCGUGCUCUAUGCGGAAGAUAAAACCCAGCCGUUGGAUAUAUCCAUCUCAUUUGCCACGGAAACAGAGGGUCGUGAUCAACUGUGGACGAAAACCAAAUUUGGCUUACAUCAUGCGUUGGAACGGUAUUCCGAUUACGAUUUUUUCCUCAAAGCCGAUGAUGACACGUACACAAUUGUGGAAAAUUUGCGAUAUUUGCUCAAAGAUCACGAUCCCGAAGUCCCAAUCAUAAUGGGUCGUCGAUGGCGACCACAUGUAAAACAGGGUUAUCCUUCCGGUGGUGGCGGUUACGUCCUGUCCCGAUCCGCACUGAAACUGAUUGUUGCUGGAUUGGAUAAAAAUCCCGCUUGCAAUGGAAAUGUGUCCGGCGGUGCUGAAGAUGUCCGAAUUGGCGCCUGUGCACAAGAGGUAGGAGUGAAACUAGUGGACAGUUUGGAUGAUAAAGGUCUGGAACGUUUCCAUCCAUUCAGUGCUAUUGGUAUGAUCAAUCAUGUUAACGAGGACCAUCCAAAAUGGUACGGGGCGUAUAAUUAUCACAAAGUCCUCACGGGCUAUCGAUGCUGCAGCAGUCUGAGUGUCACGUUCCACUACGUUUCUCCCGAGGACAUGAACUUGUACGAAUUCUUCCUCUAUCGUCUACGACCGGCAGUCCUGUGA